AUGGCCUGUGUAGGAUCAGAUAAAGCUUGGGUUAGUGGUAGAGACAAAAUGAUAACAUGUGUGGACAUACAUGGAGCUGUACAAGACAUUGUCACCAGUACAUGUAAGAAAUUCCCUGCUGAUAUUAAAGUGACCAAACAGGGGGAACUGAUAUACAGUGAUUAUAUCAAUAGGACUGUGAACAUUGUCAGAAGUGGGAAGACAAAGAAACUUGUCACCACACCAAGGGGCUGGUAUCCAUCAGGACUAUGUUGUACCAGGUCAGGGGACAUCGUAGUUGGUAUGGUUAAUACUGAUUUUGGUCAUAAUAAAUUAGUCCGUUAUCAGGGACAGAGAGUGGCACAAGAAAUAGAAAAAGAUGAACAUGGUAAUCCAAUCUAUCAAGGAGGUAAAUAUCCAAUGUAUGUGGUGGAGAACAACAAUGGAGACAUAGUGGCCUCUGAUAUCAAUGCUACAGCAGUGGUAGUGGUGGACAGGACAGGAAAAGUCAGAUUCCGAUACAAAAACAAACCUCCAGGGGAAAAGCAAUCAUUUGGUUCUGGUCAAAUAGUGACAGAUUCCUUGGGACACAUCAUUGUGACUGAUGAAUUCAAUGACUGUUUACACAUCCUUGAUCAGAAUGGACAGUUCCUGAGGUGUGUGGAUAAUUGUGGACUAGAGGAUCCUACUGGACUGAGUGUAGACAGUGAGGGGAGGUUGUGGGUAGGGUUGUAUGAUUCAAGGGAAGUAAAAGUUAUCCAUUACAUGAAAUAA